AUACAGUUUAAGCUCUUGGCGUACGAGAUGAACAACAUUUUCGCAGGAGAUUACUUUACAAUAAAGGCUCAGUUUGGAAAGUGCGACGAUCAACUUUCGUUCUUGCUGCGUUUCAAGACUCUCAUAAAUAACACCUUCUCAACGGUAGUGCUCAUGUAUCUUGGAAUUGUUGUAUUGAUUUUGUGCCUAGAGAUGUACUACACUAUGACUAUGGACACUUUCCAGGAAAUCAUUCGAGCAGUGGUCUAUGCAGCACUGAUGUUUUUCGAAUUCUUCAUUUGUUAUUGCAUCCCUGCUCAAGCUUUAAUUGACGAGUCUGAAAAGCUUGUUGAAGGCCUAUACAACAGCAAUUGGUACGAACAUAUGGGCAGCAGCGCAUCAUAUGGUAAGGCAAUGACGUUACUUCAAGGAAAAAGUCAAAUGAGAGUCAUGUUUACGAUUGGUGGCUUCCUCAACUUGAACAUGCAAACUGGACUAGCGGCCGUGAAGACAAUGGUUUCCUACAGCAUGUUUUUGAAAACUAUGACUGGGCUUGAAGAUGAUACGGAACAAAUUUAAGUGACGAUUUUACUUGUUCAAACCUCAUUACCUCAUACGUCAUUUCCGUUUUGUGGUAAAAUGAAUGUGU